CAAACAGUUUUCAGAUCGAAAUGUAGAAAAAAACUACAUUGUAAUGUAAACUCAGUUAAUAAGAUAAUAAAGACAAAAAAAGAAAAGAUUUGCGUAGGUACAUAAUUUUCGUAAUUUUCUGAAAUAAUGAAAAUGAACCUGGAACGCAAUUCAAUCUCAAUGUCAAACUGCUGUCAAAUCUAACAAGAUCGAGACCAUCACAAAAUCAUGGAUGUUUAAUUAAAAAUACAAUGAGAAACGAAAUAAUUUAGACGUAAAAGCAAACUUAACUAAUCGAAGAUGGAUACGGAAAUAAUGGUUGAAACGUUGCCUUUGCUGGGAAUGUGCAAUUUGUGUUUAAACGAAGGUGCUGUAAAGAGUAUGUUGGUUGGUCAUAAGCACAAUGGAAAAUCUGAAGUCUACUCCGAAAUGCUGGUCAAAUGCUUUUCCAUAGACGUAUCGAUCCUACAACUAGGUGAUACGAAGCGCUUAAUCUGUGAAUUCUGUAUAACCAGACUGCGAGACUGUGUGCUGUUCAAAGACCUCGUAGAAGUGUCACUCAAUACGUUGGAAAAUACAUACAAAUUACAAAAAGAAGAGAACCAUUCUACUGAUGAUGGAGUUAAAACAGAACUGAGUAUCAACGCGAACUUUGAUGAUGACUUCCACAAUGUUGAUGUUGAUGAUGACGAUGACGAUGAUGACCCAAAAAUUAAAGCCGAAAUUAAAAGUGAGCCAGACGAAUGUACAAGAAAAACUCGCAGUAGAUCAGUAAAGAAAAUAACAAAAUGUACCGGCAAGAAACAUCACGAUUUCACAGAAACGGAAUCUAUGCUGAAAACCGGGCUGUUCCCCUUCAAAAUACGUAAAAACCGCACUUUUUCAUGUUCCAUAUGUCCUGAGAAAUCGACCAAUUUAGACGAUAUAAAAGUCCAUGUUAUUGAUCAUAACAAAACGAACCUACACAUGGCGUUUAAAAAAAUGAUUUUCUCAAAUUCCCAGCGAUUUUACAAGUCCGGUACGAAGUUACGAUGUAAAAUAUGCACGACAGAUGUCGCCACUUACGACGAGUUGCGGCAACAUGUCGAGAAUUGUACGAGAUUGAAAUUCUCAAACCGAAGGUGGAACAACUUGCCCUUUAAAUUAGAAAAGGACCAAUUAGAUUGUCCGGUGUGCAAGAAAACAUUUUUAAACUAUGUAAGUCUAAACACUCACAUGAAUGUACAUUAUCCAAAUUAUAUUUGCGAGAAUUGUGGGAAGGCGUUCGCCUCCAAAGCGAGGCUGCGUGGCCACAUGAGGACGCAUGAAGUAGGCAGUUUUCCUUGUAAGUAUUGCAACGCUACAUUUGACCGAGUAACUAAACGAGAGAACCAUGUCUCAAAGGAACACAAGUCCGGUAUCAGGUAUGCUUGUAAACGCUGUAAUAUAUCUUUAACUUCAUUCUACGCUAGGCAGAAACAUUUGGCUGAAGUUCAUAACGAAGAGCUGAAAAGAUACAAGUGUAAAGCUUGUCCGCAGAGCUAUAUAACACCGGGUCACCUGUCAAGUCAUGUGCGAAGAGACCAUUUAAAUGAACGUAAUCAUAAAUGCGAUAAGUGUGAUUUGGCUUUUUAUACGAAGAACGCUUUAAAAAUGCAUAUGAUUAAGCACGAUGGGGAACGGAUUCAUACUUGUCCGGUCUGUCAGAAGUCUUAUCAAAGAAAGAAGACUCUUAGGGAACAUCUUAGGAUUCAUAAUAAUGAUAAGCGGUUCGUUUGUCCAGUCUGCGGUAGGGCUUUCACUCAAAAAUGCACUCUAAAGGGUCACCUCAAGGUACAUGAAAGAAAACCGGACUUGGAUGACCGUGUAGUUCCACCUUUGCAUUCUAUUUAAAUGAAUUUAGUAAUUAAUUGUGAUUUUAAUUGAAAUUUCAACUUUAUUUUUACGUAGUUAGAGUUUAUUUUACAGUGUAGCUAUGUUAUUUGUUUAGAUUUCGACUUUAUAUGUCAUGUGAUAAAGGUUAUUUUAGUUUGAAUAGUAAUCGUUAAUUAGUUUAGGCUGUCGUUACUGGUUUGUAUUCGUUAAUGCAUCAAUUAGUCUAUUCUUACGACCAGAGGCGGGUUGAACCAAGAGAGCGCCCUAAGGAAGCACCUCAUUGGCGCCCCGAAUUGUUUUGUCCCCGCCGUCAUGUUCUAUAGGCAGUUGUGCCCGCGCGUCUCGUGGCGGCCCUCUGUAACCAGCAGCUGUAGCGAAAUGCCAUUUAGCACUUG